AUGAAGCAGAGAGUCACCUACUUCCCUCCUCCCGGCAGCGAUGUGCCGCCAAGUUCAGUCAAUGUCACGAGUGGCAAUGUUGACUUCCCGUUGGGAAUACUACCGGCCGUCGAGAAGAGGAUCACAGUGGGAUUAAGCGAGCUGCCUGUGGAAGUAGCACGCACAUUCUGUCCCGGACAAUUCCGAGGCGACUGUCCGAAUGAAGCGGCGAGUCUGAGUUAUGCUAGCUACAUCGAUAUCGAUUUCGAUGUCAUCAGCCAUGCUGUCACUACUACUGCGUUCUGGAGGGCUGGGAUUGCUUCUCCUGCUGCAAGGACGCCGGCAAGGAAGUGGACAGAGAAUGAUAGCUUGGAGGUUGGUGUGCUGAUGCCGGAGAAGGCUGAUGAGGAUGAGCCUGAGUCGAUCAAGAUGGGUGGGUUCUUGGCUGUUGUUGGGGAGGAUGAGGGAGCUAGCUCAACACUCUUCUCCUUUCCAUCUCGCCAUCACUCGCUACCACCAUCCAGCUCAAUGGCUUUCAAGGUCGACUUUCAACAACCCACUGGUCUGCACCCGAAGCUCGAUAUCGUCCUGCCACGGCAGCAUCUCAACCCACCAAAGGACUCCUGCGCACUACACACCUACCUGACCUUACCAUCCGCACUGUUCAUCGACCGCUACCAGCUCUCAGACCCCGCCACUCUCGCCGAGCACAAUCUCAAGACCUUGCACGGCUUAAGUGGCGAAGACGACCUUGAAGCACCGGAUUGGGUCGUCCAACGCUGGGGUAGUGCAGCUUUGAUCGAACUCGCGGCACCACAGGACAACGACAGGAGUACGCUAACCUCAAGAAAAGAGGUAGAGUGGAAUGCUAAGAUCCCACUACACCUCCGCUACCUCCAAGCCGAAGCCAACGCCACGAAUGCUGGGUACACAGAUCUCGAGAUACCCUGGCCAAUACUCUUCUGGGCUUGCGAGGCAGAAGAAGGAUUGAAGAUGGCUGUAAAUCCCUUCGAUCACGUGAAUCUGGGGUAUGAUGGACUUUUUGGACCCAAGACUAUGUUCUAUCAUGUUCCGCCGUCGACUGAGGUGGUGGCGCCGAACUUCUUGGAGGAGAGGAUCACAGUGCCUGUUUUGCAGCCGCAGUGGGGCGAGUGGGUGCAGGUGGGUACGCUUGUGGCUGUUUUGGUGGGGUUUGCUUGGGUUUGUCGGGGGUUGGUCGAGGGUGUCGGGAGUGAUGGUAGUAGUGGCAGGGGGAUGAAAGCGGAGAAGAAGAAAGAGUAA